AUGCCUUCCUUCCGAAUCAUCUCUCUCCUCGCCACCAUUGCUUGCGCUGUUUUCUCCAACGCGGCGCCCACAACUACGCCUGCUGAAGUCUCAAACCUCGGUAACGCUGCCGGUAGCACUCUUGCUGUCGCCAACACACGGAGCUUCGACCGCAGAGACACCGACCUCCCAGGCGUCCCCGACGACAUCGCUCAAGGGUACAAGAAUGCUGUCAGCACCGGCGACGUUGCUGCCACUCCCUCAACCCAAGACGUGAAGCCACGCGACGAACAGGCUCAAUCAAUUCCAAUUAUUCUUGUCAGUGUCACCAACCAAAUUAUUCCCGUCGUCCGCCAAAUCAGAGCCAUCGUCGUGGUCGACGUCCAGAUUGAUGUCCUCGCUGGCCUAAUCGUGCAGAUCCACGAUAUCGUCGCCGGCGCGAUAGUCGACAUCAGAGUCCUUGCUGCAAAUCCCACUGUUGGCGUUCUUGCGCUCGGGGCCAGAAUCCUCUCCAUCCAGGAAGUCGCUUACAUUGUCGCCACCAUCCUCUACCUUAUCUUUACUGCCCUCGAGAUUGUCGUCCGCACGGUGGCCGUCGUCCAACUCCAAGUGGUCGCUCCCUUGGUUAUCUCGGUUGGCGGCGUCGUCGCCUCACUCCUUUUCCAGGUCUUCCUGCUUGUUGGUGGCCUCUCAGUCGUCGUUGUGCCCCUUGUAACGGGCCUCGUCGCCACCCUCGUCGCCCUUGACCUCAAUGUUGUCGUACACGUCCUUGGCCUCUCCACAUAGUUUCUUGUUCGUAUUUUAUUUCGAGCGGUAAUAAUUUGAUCUUGGUAGAGUUACGCUCUUAUCUUUGCAAUGAUAAUCGAGUAAUCUAUGUUUGGCUGAUCAACCUCCGCUAACCUUUGCUAGUGAUAUAAUAAGGGAUGUAAAUUUAUUUAUUUCCACGUCGACAUGCAAAACCCGAGACGAUCGUCAA